AAAUUCCUCUGCCCGUCCUACAACUAAUUAGCAAUCUUCCCGUUCGACCUCUGACACCUGUCGCGUUCGCGACGCAAGCAAAACACCUAGUUUCGGUUGUCUGUGCUGAGAUGCUAAGCUUCGUUGCCCAGUAUGACCGAAACAAAGAUGCAACUAGAAGACUGGCUGGAUGACUUAUGUGUCCGCUUCAUUAUCAACCUACCCCGUGAGGAGCUCGAAUCAGUAGAGCGAAUCUGUUUCCAAGUCGAAGAGGCACAAUGGUUUUAUGAAGAUUUCAUUCGUCCACUUGAUCCUGCGCUACCAAGUCUCUCUCUGAAAGCUUUCGCCCUCCGCAUUUUCCAACACUGCCCUCUUAUGUCGCAAUGGUCCCACUACCAUCAUCAAACGGCCUUCUCAGAGUUCCUGGCCUAUAAGACUCGCGUUCCAGUUCGUGGAGCAAUUAUGUUGAACCAGGACAUGGACGAAGUUGUCUUAGUCAAGGGCUGGAAGAAGGGCGCUAACUGGAGUUUCCCUCGAGGAAAGAUCAAUAAAGGCGAGAAGGAUUUGGAUUGUGCUAUCCGUGAGGUUUACGAGGAGACUGGAUUUGACGUACGCAACGCAAACUUGGUGGAAGACGACGAGGCUGUCAAGUAUAUCGAGAUCUCCAUGCGCGAGCAACAUAUGCGACUUUAUGUUUUCCGCGGCGUUCCCCGCGACGCUUAUUUUGAACCACGGACACGCAAAGAAAUCAGCAAGAUCGAAUGGUACAAGUUGUCAGAACUGCCAACACUCAAGAAGAAUAAACAGGAUGAAGGGCUAGCGGUGGCCAAUGCCAACAAAUUCUACAUGGUUGCGCCCUUUUUGCACCCGUUGAAGAAAUGGAUCUCGCAGCAGAAGAAACAUGUGUCUAAGGCUCAAGGUGGUGCCGCUUACUCUCAGAAUGAAGGUUACACUUCAGUCGACGACAAUGGGUUUCAAACAAGCGAUUCGAUGUUUCCGUCUGCCGCUGUACAUGGUGUUCCUGUUCCGAGCGAUUUGCCCGAAGUGACCUCCGUUGAAGAUGUCUCGUCUCAUCUCAAGCGACUCCUCAAUAUCAAUGGAGGUGUAUCAACGCCAGCGCAAAUCCAAGCCGCACAGCCUGCUCAACCGGCAGCGGUGGACCAAUCCAAGUCAAAUGCUUUGCUUGAAUUAUUGCGACAGGGCUCCCAAGACGCCGCUCCUCAGGUUCGGAAUGCUGCUAAUACCCCGCCGAUAUUACCUAUGGCACAAGCGCCUCACUUGGCACCCAACUUCUACCCUGGUUUCCCACAGCAGCAGCAGAACAUGGCCCCAACGAACUUCAUGCAGCAGACAUCUGCGCAACCAUUUUACAACGGUCCGCCUCAGGCAAACAUGCAACAUGCUCAUUUCCCUCCUGUGAGCCACCCGGAGCUUUCUGGGUCGCCCGCUGUUCAACAAAUCCAUCCAAGGCAUACCCCAAGCUAUCAGAACCGCCAACCUGUGUUUCAAUCCAAUUCCUUGGCACCCCAAAGACAAGGAGCGGCUCCGUUCCAGCAGACCGGGGAUCCUCAGUUCUCCCAGCAGGCCCAACCACCUCAGAAAAUGGGGGCAAGAGUGCCACCGGCGAGUAAGCUGCCUCCGCCAACGCUCAAUAGCCAAUCACUCGCAUUGCUGGGUAUGUUCAAGAACGAAGCCUCCCAAAGUCCGAGGAGCCCUCAGGUUGCUACACUCGCCGCUCCAGAGCAAGGUCAUGUCAAGGUGCGGAAGACAUCACAACAUCAAGACAGUCUUUUAAAUCUAUUCAAGGGCCCGGCCACCUCACCCGCUCCUCCACCGGUCGAACUGUCAGGCAAUCCUGUACCCCCAGCUCCAUCCGCACCUGCCGAGGUUCAGAUUCUCCAGCGAGCCCACCAGCAGACAAGCCACAACACACAGCGAGGAUCUGGUGCAUCCAAACUGGUCCAAACUGUGGCUACCGUACCUGGGCCUUUGAACAUGCCCCAGUUCGAGGCGAUUGCCAAGUCAACAUCCAGGAAAGGACCGAAUGGACCUAGUCGGAAGAACAACUUCAACCGACGAGAUCACCAGCAGACACAGCAGCUUUCAUCUCCCAUCACGAUCUUGCCGCGGCCUCAGUCGUCGAAGCGUGAUACAUCCAUCUCCGGACUUAACGUGCAGACAAUUCAGCCUUCGAAUCAGUCUCCUGCCCCUCAACCGCAAGCUCCUGAGCCAAUCAAGCCAUUCCAGCCACAAAUUUUGCGACGUUCUGAGAAGACAGGAUAUGAGAACUUGAUGGUGAAGACUCCAAAGACUGAAAAUGUGGACCGCACAAGUCCGGCCCCGGGUGUACAGACACAGACACAGACAGCAGCCCCUCACAACUUUGACCGUCGACCGAGUCAGACAAGCGCCCAAAAGGAGGCUCUUUUAUCUCUAUUUGGCAAACCAGGUCUGUCUUCAUCUCCCACCUCCGCUGCCCAACCAGACCACCAUGCUAUGGCAGUCUCAGGGCUGGUUAGUCCACUUUCAUCCCGUCACUUUCCCAGCAGCGCUGAAUCCCUCUCACGUCGUGGCACCCCCUCUGAGACCGAUAUGGUCCCCAAUCGCAUUGCAUCACCGAAUCAUAAGGCGUUUCUUCUGGGGUAUUUGCAAAGUGCUGCCAAGGGUGGCAAAUGA